CAUGCGGAGCCAGCCGUCGCUCAUGGACUAGCCGGAGGUCUGCUGGUGGACUGAGUCGGGCUUGUCGCGUACUGGGUGACCUAGUGGACCAUGGCUGCCAAAGAGGACCUUUACAGUAAAAUCCUCCCUCGGAGGCUCCGGCAGAACCGGCCGGGCUCAGUGAAAUGUGGCUCCAACUUGGACGUGCUGUUAUCCAUGGGCUUCCCCAGACCAAGGGCACUGAAGGCUCUGGUAUCAACAGGAGGUCGCAGUGUGCAAGCAGCAUGUGACUGGUUGUUCUCCCAUGUGGACGACCCCUUCCUGGACGACCCUCUGCCCAGGGAGUUUGUCCUCUACCUGCGCCCCAGCGGACCUCUGCAGAACCAGCUCUCCCACUUCUGGCAACAGAGUCGGGUCACCUGUGGCAAAAACAAAGCCCACAACAUUUUCCCUCACAUCACCCUGUGCCAGUUCUUCAUGUGUGCAGACCACAAAGUUGAAGCUCUAUGCGAGGCCCUCCUGACCACCGUCCAGCAGUGGCGGGGUCGAUUUCCCAGCCCGCUGCCUCUAGAGCUUUACACAUCCUCCAAUUUCAUCGGCCUUUUCGUGGAGGAGCAGGUGGCCGACAUCCUGAAGCAGUUUGCGGCCGACUUCGCGACAGAAGCUGCCAGGAAGGCAGAAGUCCACGUGGAGCCUCACAAGAAGCAGCUCCACGUAACUCUGGCCUACAACUUCCCCACCAAUCACCUCCCAUCACUGGAGAAACUGGCCAAGGGCAUUGAAGUCAAGCUCGGCUGCGAUUGGCUGGCAGUCCUGUUCUCCCGGGACAUUCGCUUUGCAAACCAUGAGACCCUGCGGGUGAUGUACCCCUACAUGCCUCAGAACGAGGAUGAGCUGGAGCUGGUUCCCGGAGAUUUUGUCUUCAUGUCUCCGGUGGAUCAGAGCAGCACCAGUGAGGGCUGGGUGUACGGGACCUCGCUGGCCUCUGGGCUGUCCGGCCUGCUGCCUGAGAACUACGUCAGCUUGGCCGAUGAGUCAGACACCUGGGUCUUCCAUGGAUCCCAUUCAUUCUUCAGCUGUGGGCCCAGUGACAGGACCAGCAAGGAGAGAGGGAUGUUUGACGGACUGCUGGACAGCCGACGCCCUGAUAACACAAGUCCCGGAGACACACCCAGCCUCAGUCUCAUUUGCCAUCCAAUGCAGCAGGUCCUGCGGAUCAGUGGCAGUCACUCUCGGCAGCCAAAGAGGACACUUUUUGUCUGCCGGCAUGGUGAGAGGAUGGAUGUGGUCUUUGGCAAACACUGGCUCUCCCUCUGCUCCGACAGUAAAGGUCGAUAUGUACGUUCCAAUCUGAACAUGCCUCCCAGUUUGCCGCUGUGGGGAGACAAGAGAGAUUAUGACAUGGACGCUCCCAUCACUGUGUUUGGAUCCACGCAGGCUCGACUAGUGGGUGAGGCCCUCUUGGAGAGCAACACAGUGAUAGACUUUGUGUACUGCUCUCCCUCUCUGCGAUGUGUUCAGACUGCACAGAACAUCCUGAAAGGUCUCCAGCAGGAUGGUAAGCUGAAGGUGCGAGUGGAACCAGGGCUUUUUGAAUGGACCAAGUGGGUUUCUGGGAACUCUCUCCCUGCAUGGAUACCGCCCACUGACCUGGCUGCAGCCCACUUCAGUGUGGACACAACGUACAGACCUCUGAUCCCAGUCAGCAAGCUCACUGUGUCUGAGCCCUAUGAGAACUACAUGAGCCGGAGCUACCAAGUGACCAAAGAUAUCCUGUCAGACUGCAAAAACACUGGAAACAACGUGCUGAUUGUAGCCCACGCAUCUUCCUUAGAGGCCUGCACACGCCAGCUGCAGGGCCGCAGCCCACAGAGCGCCAAGGACUUCAUCCAAGUAGUCCGAAAGAUCCCGUACCUGGGCUUCUGCUCCUGUGAGGAGCAGGGGGACACGGGGGUGUGGCAGUUAGUCGACCCUCCCAUCCUCCCCCUCACACAUGGACCAAACCACAGCUUUGACUGGAGGGAGACGCUCCUACAAGAAUGACAUCUGCCUGAUCCGAACUCUGCCCAGCCUGAUCCCACUGUACUCCCACAGGCAGCAGCAGCCAGUUACAGCCCCCCAGAGCCCCCCAGAAUACUGGAACCUUUCUCCUCUUCACACAGCUGCUGGUGUAGCAGCCUGCUGAAGAAGCUUCCUGCCUGAAGAUGACUGAACGGACCGUGUUCCUCUGAGGCUGGUUUCAACAGACGUCCACACUCAAAUUUCAUCCUAUAAUUGUUUUUCUUGUAAGAAUGAGGGAGACGUUGGCGUGGGCAACGUGGGCGUCAGGCGCACUGUGUGGGAGAGCUCCCACCGAUCCAGCUGCAUCAUGUGUCGAUAGUGUCGUCCCCGUCUCAGAAAAUGUCGUGAAAUUAGCAUGUUUUCGGACAGUGUGCUCUGUGAAUGAUUAGUGAGGAAAAGAGUUUGCACCAACAUGAAUGUAUCCCAUGAAGUACACAGGACUAUAGCAGUAGUGUGACACUGACGUAAAGAACAAAAACAUGGAGGUCUUUACCUUAAUUUUCAGCUCAGAUGACUCAGGUUUUAUUUUUAAGGUUGAUUUUCACAAAGCCAAAAGGUUUUAGUUCCCUAAACUCUAAACGCAAAAAUUGGUUGACUUGCCUCAGCUUCCGUUAGCUACCGCUAAACAUUAGCUGUGUCCCUCGUUCCCUCAGUCACUGUGGGUUGAGAUUUCCGACACUGGUGGAGCGUUGCACAGAUGUGAUUUUGGUUAUCUGCCAAAUCUGACGCAUUUCAUUGUGGAAUUGCUAACAAAAAAUGUGUUCAUAACUGUUUGCAUGUUUAAUUCCAUUGUGCACAUUUUUGAGGGCACCAAAAAAGUUCGCAAAGUUCCCAAUUUGGACACUUAAAAAAGAUGGCAAAUAGUAAUUUCAGACACAGCCUUUGAGUAUGACAGGUGCACUCAAAUUUAAAGUGAGACUAUAGAUGUGCGCCAUGCUAACGUUAGCACGCCAUGCUAACGUUAGCACGUUAGCAUGCCGCAGCUGAAUUCCAACAUAUCUCACAUGCUAAAUCUUAGCAUCCAACAUGUAAGUCUGAUAACAUGCUGUGUCCCUUUGACACAGGAUACUGUAAAUGUUUUGUCACAACGUGGCGCUGGCCUUCCAUUGCGUGAAAAGGUGGCAGCUGCAGAUUGAUUGCGGUCGCACUCGGGGGACAGUAACUAAAUGUUUGCAUCAGUUGUGUCCACGAUAUCUCAUUUGCAUUUGAGUUUGUGCUUAAUCACAAACCCGAAUGGCACUUGAGAAUAUGUAAUGAGAGUGACUCAGCUUGAACCACAGGGCUCCUGACCAGGAUGAAAACAGAUGGUACCGAUUGUUUGUUUUUUUUUCUUUUUAAAGGACAUCUUCGUCCUGCUUGCACUACUUCAGUGCCUGGCGGACAACAUAUCAGCAUUGGCUUCUUCAUCAGGGAGCUUCCUGAUGCUAACCGCAUAAUGUGGCCGCACGCUUUCUCUUUUUUGCGCCACGAGUAGCACAUCCAGUACAGCAGUGUCUUCUACCAUUCAUGCAGUGUCUGUAAAAGUGAAAUAACCACAGUUAUGACAGCACAACCUGCACUAUUGACAAUCACACAGUAGCGUCUUCAUUCUGGCCGAGCACAUUUUUAGUGUGCGUUUGUUCGAUGUUGUUCAAGGGUUCAGAGUAGCUGUAAAUAAUCAUAUUUUGAGAAGUCUUCCAGUCACAUUUUUUUAAUUUAUUUAUAAACUUUUUCUUUCGGAUGUUACAAGCAAAAAUAUUCAAAUAGAGGAUCAUCACUUUGAGCAGCAUGCACGAAUUAAUGCUCUGUAUCUCAGGUGUUGACUGCAUUGAAGACGUAUGUGUGUACAUGCAGCUCUGAAAAGUGUUCCAUUGAUUGAGUGACUGUGUUGUUGUGAGUGCCUCUCUGAAUUAAAGUGAUGUCUCCUGGUGUAGUGACUGCCCGCUCAUGGCUACAGAAGAAGACGCUGUCAGCUGCAUCGCAUGCAAGCACAAAAUGAAAGUUUGCUCAGGCUGAUACUCGAUGCACAUCACACAUGUGGCUUGUCAUGAUAUCAGAGCCUCAUUUCUUUGCAGUACUCAUAAUGUUUUAGAGCUGUGAGAGAUAUUUCUUCCUCUUUUUAUGCUAACACAAGCUAAUCCACUCUAGCUUCAAGGUUCCCUGUGUGAGUUUUUGACCUCCAGUAGUGCCAUUAAGCUGUUUUUUCUGAGUGGACACACACAUGCACACACACGGAUGACACAAUGCACAGUCCCACCAGUGGUGUCACACUGAUCAGCAGGUGGAGAAGUUUAAUUUACUCCAAGAUCGCCAGCAAUGUGCCAACAAAGACAGGGAAGGUGAAGCCUGCUAGCAAGCAGACAUGGUUGGAAAUGAUGCUGGAUUUAAGAUACUUCCAAAAAUCAUCUUUGCAAAUGUUUUAUGAGGAAUUAUGCAUUCAACACAUUUAUUAGAGCUCCAGGAUACACAGUCUGUUGUGGUGAGUUUAAUUUGUUUACAAGGAGACUCACAGAAAAACAUGACACUGAUAUCAAUCUUGUCAUUCACCCCCCUUUGUUUCAGAUAUAAAUAAAUGAAAUUUCAUAGUGAAAAAUAAAAGCUAUGUGAACGCACCCUUUACCAUCUUCAUCACAUCUUGAUUUGCUCCUAAUUGGCUCUCCUCACUGAAGCGACAUUGAAAUCUGGCUGUUUUGGAAACUUCUCACCUUCAAAUUCAUUCAGGAAGAAUAUGCACCAAUAAGAAAUGCAAUUUAACACCUAUCUUGAAAAACGUCACGAUAAACAUGAAUUUCCUGGGACAUGGAAAGUUUUAUGGAACGCUUGCAUUGAUCUUAACAUCUUCCUGCUUCUUUGAUCUGCAGACCACUGCUGAUUCCAGUGAAAUCGCUUUCUUGCUGUGCAACUUUUGCAAAAGCUUUGCUGGCACAGGUGCUUGGAAGAAAUGCGCUGCUACCAGAGAGAUGUAAAAGUUUUUCUCUGUCGAAUGAAAUUCAAGUUCAUUCUCAUCACAUGACGUGCUGGAGCAGCUUUAAAGACAGUGAAACAUCAGAAGGAGAGAGCCACGUGUGAAAGCAUAGACGAAGAAGGCGUGUAGUUCCUGUGUUCCUUAUUUAUUUUCUGAACAUAUCACCAAAUGUGUACAGCAAUUAAAGUAACUUCUUUUGAAAUCAAUAUUUGUUGAUUUUUAAUUUAAGUGUGUCUGUGGGCUUCGUGUACGCUUUAUUCUAGCCUUGAAUCUAUCUUUUGUUGUGUUUGUGACGCACUCUAAAGACAAAUGUGUCCUUUUCAUUAAACAGCUCUCAUUUUUUGAGUCCUCUGUGGCCUCUGCAGGUAAAGUCAGUGACAUUGUGUUCAUUGUUAGUUUGGUUUUGUUCUGAUUGAACAUGAAAUAAAAGCAUCUUUUUUCUACAUAGCAAUUUAAAAACGACCAUUUAAAACAACAGGUUGCUAUUUUUCCUUUUGGUUUGCACCUACACUACAGAUACUGUAAAGGUGAACAAACCCAAUAAAAUUCUACAUCCUC